ACGUUGAAGUUGCAUGCAUGACACUUACAUCUUCUUCUCUUCCUCUUCCAUUGAUCACACAUUCUCCACAACAAACUCCCAACCAUGGCCCUUGCCCGGAUCAAGAACCGCCUAACGACAUCGUCGGUGCCCGCACCGCCACCCUCUCCGGUGCCAACCUCUGCCAGAAGCAACCGGAGUGACCAAUUCAGCAGUUAUAUGGACAAGAUGAAGAACAUGCCCGAUCUCAGUCUCCCAGAUUAUGUCAACCGAUCCAUGAUUGCGGAUGUCGAAUAUCGGUUGAUUAAAACCAGGGACCGUAAUUCGGUUAACGAGAUGAUGAGAUCUGUCAAGAAGUAUGGAGUUUUCAGGAUUAGUGGUCAUGGGAUAUCAACCGAGGAAUUGAAGCAAGCUUUUUCUGAGGCUGAGUUUUGCUUUGGUUUGUUGGCGGACCGGUGGAGCCGGGAUGGAGAUCGGGAGGAGUUUCAAUGGUCGCGAUCUGCCCUUGUGGCCGCGGAGCGUAGGCGAGAUGUGGCCCGAGAGGAGAAGUUCCGCAAGUUCAGCCAAAAAAUGGACAAUCUUGCAAGUAAACUUGAAGCAAUCGCAGAUGAUGCUGCUAAGAUCGUAGGAAGCUAUGGAAGCCGGAAAUCUCGACAGAAGAUCAAGGAAAACGAAACUCGAAUGACAUUGUUCAAGCACAAUAACUCAGCUCUCCAACCGCACACCCCACGCUCUUCCCAAACACCACGUGGUGACAGCAAAAAAGAUUCGUCCGUGUUCGCUCUAAGCCUCCAUAUCCCAACUGAACCAGGCGAUUUCUGCCUCAUAUCCGAAGAAGGCCCAUUGUCAUUCAGAACCGGCCCUGACACCAUUGUGUUCACCCUUGGAGAACAACUACAGGAAUGGAGCUGUGGAGAGUAUAAAGGUGCAAGUGGUGAGAUUAACAUAGAACCAGAAAUACAAGAAGAUCAUGAGCCAGGAGCAUACUCAGUGGAGCUCAAAUGUUCACCUGCCAUUUUGAAUCAAGCUGUUGAUAGAAUCAACACCAUUUCCCUAACUGAUCAGAUCUUUGGUGUACUUGCUCUUCUUAUGAUAAUCUCCAUAAUUGCCUAUUUCUUUUUUUAGAAUAACUACCCACCCCACCUACACUUAAAAAAUAUUCCUACUUUUGAGUUUAGUUACUUAAUUAAUUAAUUAAUUACUAUUGUGAUUUGUGAAGACUCUAUGCAUAGUACAAGUUCUAUAUAUGAAGAUUCCAGUUUUGUGAGUCACACACUCCAUAAAGCUUUUAGGAUAUUGUAAUUGUUAAGAAUAGAUGCCUUAAUAAAUUAUGUGCA